AUGGGAAAACUCGAUCGAUUCGAUAUUGUGCUGAGCAACCCAGAAAACGCUUAUUUCGCUGGUCAAGAAGUCACUGGAAAGGUUAUCAUUGAAAUUGCCGAACCGAAGAAGGUAAACGAAAUAUUGUUAGAGCUGAAAGGCAGGGCCCGUACGUACUGGACCAAACAUUCCGGUGAGCUUUAA